CCAUCUGGCGCGAUCUCAUUGGAUAUUUAGAUUCUUCGUACAAAAGAGUCCAGCUAAAGCGCACUCUGCUCCUGCGCCUGAUUCACCAUAUUUAAGGAGGCCUGCAAAUACCCUGUUCUCCUCUGUUUUUCUGGGGAAGAAGAAACGGAGAGAAAAGAUAAAGGAGCAAAAUGAAGUGUCUCUCUCUCUCUAUCCCAACCUUCAUCGUCAUCCUCAUUCUCUCUCUCCUGCUCUCUCUUCUUCCUUCACUCUCGUUCUCUAACCCUGACCUUCCCACUCUGUUAGCUUUCAAAUCCUCUGCUGACCACACCAACUCGCUCUCCUCCUGGUCCGACUCCUCCGACCCCUGCUCCCCGCCGUGGCCCGGCGUCACUUGCAACCCCUCCACCCGUCGGGUCACCCGGCUCGUCCUUGAGGAACUCAACCUCACUGGGUCAAUCCAGGUCCUGAGUGGCCUCAUCCACCUCAGGCUCCUCAGCCUCAAGCGCAACCGCCUCUCCGCCGCCUCUCCGCCGCCGCUAAACCUCUCGUCGUGGCCCCGCCUCAAGCACCUCUACCUCUCCCACAACCGCUUCGCCGGAGACUUCCCCGCUGGAGUGGCCUCUCUCCGCCGCCUCCACCGCCUCGACCUCUCCCACAACUACUUCACCGGGGAGAUCCCGAUGACCGAGUUGACUCAGCUGCCCCACUUGAUAACUCUCCGACUGGAAGAUAACUCGUUCUCCGGCACUCUGAACACUUCUUCGUCUUCUUCUUCCUUUUCGUUUGCAUCGGACUUCAAUGUUUCCGGGAACAAGCUCGUCGGAGAAAUUCCGCACUCGCUGUCGUCGUUGCCGGAAUCUUCAUUCGCCGGCAACGAGAAUCUCUGCGGGAAGCCGUUGCGGUACGACUGCCCCAAUCCAAUGGCCGAGGAUGGUCCUGUACGCACAACGGUUUCUGGUCAGAUUCCGAGAAAGAAUAAGCUCCGCAAUCGGGUGGUGCUGAUCAUUAUAGGCGUCGAUGUGGUCGCAGCAAUGGCCACUAUCGCGGCGGUCACGUGGUGGUGUUACAAGAGGAGAGGGAAACAGAGGGAAGGGAAGGGAUUUGAUCGUGCAAGGGAACGGGAGGAUAAGAUGGUGUUCUUCGAAGGGAGCAAGGGUUUUGGCAACGUCGACGAUUUGUUGACGGCGUCGGCGGAGAUGCUGGGGAAAGGAGGCGUGGGAAGCACCUACAAGGUUGUGACGGACGGCCGCGAUGUGGUGGCGGUGAAGAGGGUGACGGAGUGGGGGCGGAGAAGGAAGGAGGUUGAUGGAUUGUUGAGGGUGAUUGGAGGUUUGAGACAUUGUAAUGUUGUGAGCCUCAGAGCAUUCUACCCUUCCCAAGACGAAUUGCUUCUGGUUUAUGAUUUUCUCCCCAAUGGCAGCCUCCACUAUCUCUUGCACGGGAAUCGAGGACCGGGAAGAACUCCAUUAGAGUGGACUACAAGGUUAAAUCUGGCCUGUGGGUCUGCACAGGGCCUAGCUUUCCUCCAUUCUCACGCCAAGCCCUAUAAGCUCGUCCAUGGCCGCCUUACAUCAUCAAACAUCCUAAUUGAUCACUUGGGCAAUCCCUGCAUCUCAGACAUCGGCCUCCACCGCCUAUCAUCAUCACCAAAUCAAUCCUACACAGCCCCGGAACUGAUCAAUCCCACCCCCAAACUACAAAAAUUCUCGCAAAAAUGCGAUGUUUACAGCUUCGGGAUCGUUUUAUUGGAGAUUAUUACAGGCAAAACGCCAUCGGGGGAGGGCGAAACAAGCCUGCCCAGGUGGGUUCGACGCGCUGCACAGGAGAAGUCGAUGUGGGAAGUGUUUGAUUUUGAGCUUUUUAGGUACAAGGACAUGAUGGAGGAGAUGGAGGCUCUUCUGCAGGUGGCACUGCUCUGCUCGAACCCGGAUCCGGCCGAUCGACCCAAGAUGCACACUGUACACAAAAUGAUCGAAGAUAUAAAAUCUGGCUCAAUCACAAACUCUCCAUUGAAUGAUAUAGAUCUCUCCUCUGAUUCAUCAGAGAUCCCUUCAGAGAGCACCCCAAAUUUCAGUAGCUGAUAAGCUCUGUUUUAUGAAUAACAAUGUCACUAUCUCUGCAUUUUUUGUUUAUACACAAAGUUCUUAUCACUGCAUGGCUCACCCAUUUCAGUGAUUGUCACUCCCUUGUAUUAUUGUUUGGACACUCGCCGAGAAAAAUAAAUGCAAUUCAAGAUUUUCAA